AUGGCGCCGAAGAAGAAGAUCGCCAUCAUGACCUCGGGCGGGGACUCGCCCGGCAUGAACGGCGUGGUGCGGGCCUGCGUCCGCAUGGCCAUCCACCUGGGUUGCGACCCUUACUGCAUCUACGAAGGCUAUGAAGGUCUUGUCCGCGGCGGUAAUCUCAUACGCAAGAUGGAAUGGCACGACGUGCGCGGCUGGCUGUCCGAGGGCGGCACACUGAUCGGCACUGCCCGCUGCAUGGCUUUCUACGAGCGCCCCGGCCGCUUAGCUGCAGCACGGAACCUGAUUGCUGAAGGCAUUGACGCGCUCAUCAUCUGCGGAGGAGACGGAUCACUCACCGGAGCCGACAGGUUCCGCGCCGAAUGGCCCUCUCUGCUCCAGGAGCUUGAGAACAACGGCGAAUUCACAGCAGACCAACUCGAGCCAUACAGGCACCUCAACAUUGUCGGUCUCGUCGGGUCUAUCGACAAUGAUCUUUCCGGUACGGACGCCACGAUCGGCUGCUACUCGGCGCUCGCCAGAAUCUGCCACGCUGUCGAUCUCAUUGAGGCCACUGCAUCGUCUCAUUCUCGCGCCUUCGUCAUUGAGGUCAUGGGUAGACACUGCGGCUGGUUGGCACUGAUGGCUGGCGUUGCGACAGGCGCGGAUUUCAUAUUCAUUCCGGAGAAGCCUAGUGAGCACAACUGGAGGGAAGAAAUGUGCGGUAUUGUCGAACAUCAUCGGAAGCUGGGGAAGCGCAAGACAAUCGUCAUCAUCGCCGAGGGUGCUCUCGACAGGCAGGGAAACAAAAUCACUCCUAACAUGGUGAAGGACCUUCUCGCCGACAAGAAUGGCCUGGGUCUCGACACACGGAUCACAACGCUGGGUCACGUCCAGCGUGGAGGGACGGCCGUCGCGUACGACCGGAUGCUUGCGACGCUGCAGGGAGUCGAAGCUGUCAAGGCUGUGCUCGAAGCCACACCUGAUACGCCCACAGCGGUUAUCGCCAUCAACGAGAACAAGAUCGUCAGGAAACCGCUCAUGGAGGCCGUGCAGGACACGAAGAAGGUGGCCAAGGCGAUAGAGUGCCAAGACUUUGACCUGGCUAUGUCUCUACGUGAUACGGAAUUUUCGGAGCAGUACAAGUCCUUCAUGAUGACGACGGCAGUGCAGGUGAACAAGGAUGUCAUGUUGCCGGAAAAGGAGCGCAUGAGAAUCGGCUUCAUCAACGUCGGUGCCCCCGCAGGCGGCAUGAAUGCAGCCGUCCGGGCGGGCGUGGCCUACUGCUUAUCCCGGGGACACGAACCGGUGGCCAUCUACAAUGGCUUCGCCGGGCUCGCUCGUCAUCACGGGGACAAGCCCCUGGGCGCGGUUCGGGACUUCAACUGGCUCGAUGUCGACGGCUGGGCUAGCAAAGGCGGUUCAGAGAUAGGAACUAACCGCGAGCUUCCCAGCGAGUCCGGCAUGGAGGCCAUCGCAAACCUGAUCGAGCAAUACAAUUUUGACGCUCUGUUCGUCAUUGGCGGGUUCGAGGCCUUCCACGCGGUCUCGCAGCUGCGGAAAGCAAGGGACCAGUACCCCUCCCUCUGCAUUCCCAUGACAGUUUUGCCUGCUACUAUCUCCAACAACGUGCCCGGAACCGAGUACUCGCUCGGCUCCGACACGUGCCUCAACGAGCUGGUCGAGUAUUGCGACAAAAUCAAGCAGUCCGCCUCGGCCACCCGGCGGCGCGUCUUUGUCAUUGAGACCCAGGGCGGCCGCUCCGGCUACGUCGCCACCCUCGGCGGUCUCGGAGUCGGCGCUGUUGCCGUGUACACACCAGAAGAGGGCGUCAGCCUGGAGAUGCUCGCGGCCGACGUGCGCCAUCUCAAGGAAGUCUUCACGCACGACAAGGGCCAGUCCCGUGCCGGCCGCCUCAUCCUAAUCAACGAAAAGUCCUCCAAGGUCUACAACGCGCGCCUCAUCGCCGAUAUCCUGCGCGACGAGGCCCAUGGCCGGUUCGAGAGCCGCGAGGGCAUUCCGGGUCACAUGCAGCAAGGCGGCGUGCCCUCGCCCAUGGACCGGUGCCGCGCCGUCCGGCUUGCCAUCCGCUGUAUCCAGCACCUGGAGCAAUUCGGCCGAAAUGUGCACAACAGGGUGAAGAAUGAUCCUAUGAGUGCUACGGUCAUCGGAAUCAAGGGCGCCAGCGUGGUGUUUACGCCGAUCGCUAAGCUCGAGGAGGAGGAGACGGAUUGGCCGAACAGGAGGCCCAAGGCGGCGUUCUGGUUGGAAAUGAAGGAGAUCGUCGAUAUCCUGGGCGGGAGGCCGCAGCACAGCGUUCCGGAGCCCGACUUGACCGGUGUCAAGGCGAAGGACGUCAAGAGGGGGCUUGAGGGCCCUUGA